UUGACAUUGACAUUUGUCGAUUUUCUAAAUACGUAUAUUUUUAUUACGUGGAUUAAUAUUAUAUUUGUAAACAAUGUUUUUUGCUUGUAAUAGACUGAUGAAAUUCGCGAAGAAGCUCUCCCGAAAACCUAUAUUAUUAGCAGGUGUUCCUGUCCGCAAUGCGUCCUACACGAUCGAGCACCACUGCCAUGACUGCUUGGUGAUCGGCGCUGGUGGUGCCGGCCUGCGCGCCUCUGUAGGGCUGGCUGAGCAACAGUUCUCCGUGGCGCUGGUCUCCAAGCUCUUCCCAACCAGAUCUCAUACCAUCGCAGCGCAAGGAGGCAUGAAUGCCGCUAUAGGCAGCAUGCACGAAGAUGACUGGCGCUGGCAUUACUACGACACCGUGAAGGGAUCGGAUUGGCUUGGAGAUCAGGAUUCCAUUCAAAUCCUGACGCAGGGAGCUCCCUCGGUAGCUUACGAACUAGACAACAUGGGCAUGCCUUUCUCAAGAACCCCAGAGGGGAAAAUCUAUCAAAGAUCCUUCGGAGGUGGCACCACUCAUAAUGGCAAAGAGGUAGCAAAGAGGACCUGCUGCGUUGCGGAUAGAACGGGCCACUCUCUCCUACACACUCUAUACGGGUACAGCACAAAAUUUAAGAACAUAGACUUGUUCACCGAAUACUUUGUGCUGGACUUGUUAGUGCAAGAUGGGCAGGUGGUGGGAGCUCUAGCCAUUGAUAUGGACGACAGCAGUUUGCACAGAUUCCAAGCUAAGAACACUGUGAUCGCGACGGGCGGCUACCCGCGCAUGUUUUUCUCAUGCACCGCGGCACACACGUGCACUGGGGAUGGAUGCGCUAUGGCGGUGCGAGCCGGCAUACCGCUGCAGGACAUGGAGUUCAUACAGUUCCAUCCGACAGGUAUGUACGGAUCUGGCUGUCUGAUGACAGAAGGAUGCCGAGGAGAAGGUGGCUAUCUCGUCAACAGCGAGGGCAAGCGAUUCAUGGAGCAGUACGCGCCGAAAGCUAAAGACUUGGCUAGUCGAGACGUCGUGUCCAGAUCUAUGGCAACUGAGAUUCGUGCAGGUCGCGGCGUGGGGCCAAAGAAAGAUCAUGUAUACCUGCAGCUUCACCAUCUCAAGCCCGAGGUGAUCAAAAACCGAUUGCCGGGCAUCAGCGAGACUGCCUGGACAUUCACAGGAGUGGAUGUGUUUACCCAGCCCGUACCAGUUAUACCCACCGUACAUUACACGAUGGGGGGGAUACCUAUUAACUAUAAAGGAGAAGUUAUAAUCCAUCAGGAUGGCAAAGAUUGUGUUGUGGCGGGUCUCCACGCAGCUGGCGAGGCGGUCAGCAACUGUCACGGUGCCAACAGACUUGGAGCUAACUCGAUCCUUGACGUCGUCAUCUUUGGAAGAGCCAUCAGCGACAACAUCGGCAAAAAUCACAAACCUGGCGACAAACAACCUAAUUUGAAAGAUGAUAUCUGUGAGCCUAUCCUUGAUAACCUGGACAAAAUACGGAACGCGAAUGGAUGCGCGCCGACGGCCGAGCUAAGGGCAGCCAUGAGGCAAACCAUGCAGAACAAAUGCGGAGUGUUUAGAGAGGCCAAGCUACUGGGGGAAGCCGAUAACGAAAUUCAGAGCUGGUACAGGGCUUUCGAGAAUAUUAGGGUAUCGGACAGGAGGCUUAACUGGAACAGCGACCUGAUCGAGACCCUGGAGCUGCAGAAUAUGCUGCUAGGGGCCGUGCAGGUGACAGCAUGCGCCAAGAACCGCACGGAGAGCCGCGGCGCACACUUCAGAGACGACCACCCGAAGAGACAGGACGAGAUGGAUUACAGUAAAGAUACUAAAGGACAGACGAAAAAGCCCAUGGACAAACACUGGCGCAAGCACUCGAUAUCUACCGUGGACUUGUGCACCGGUAAAGUGACCAUCACUUACCGUCCGGUCAUCGACACACCUUUGAACGACGAGGUGCAGAGUAUCCCGCCAGUGCCGAGAGUCUACUGAUUACUUGGGUUAUGUUAGAAAACAAAUAUGUAGAAUGUUGUCGGAAAAUUUAACGUUUGCGACAAAUUAUUGUAUUAAAAUAUUUUCUUAAUA